AACACACAGAGGGGACCGGAAAGACUUGUCCGUCGAAAGAGGCGGCCUAGCGGAGCGGAAGUGUCCGAAGCGAAACGACAGUUCCCGAAUCGCGGGCGGAGAAUCCCGAGCGGGCCCGAAGCGGGUGUCGGAGGUCACUUCAGAGCUCCGAAGCCGCCUCCGGAAGCUUCCGAACACCCCCGAAGCUCUGGGGAGGGCAGGCAGCGGCGCCACACAAGAUGGCGGACGGGGAGGAGGUGACUCUGGACGGGAGGCCACUCCAGGCGCUGAGGGUGGCCGACCUGAAGGCGGCUUUGGAGCAGCGCGGCCUGGGGAAGAGAGGGAAGAAGAGCGCGUUGAUCAAGCGCCUCCGCGGGGCCCUGAUGCUUGAAAACCUCCAUAAGCAGUCGACGCCCCACAGCACCUUCCAGCCCAACUCCCAGGUGAGAGCUGUGAGCUACCCGCUGAACGUAGACGAACUGCAGGGGGCGCAGGAAACCGCUCCUUUCUCCUCUCCUCUUUCGCCAGCUCAGCGGAAGACCUCGGACUUUCAGGCUCCACGGAAUUGCCAGAUGUCCUGCAGAGCCCUGAUAUCCGCUGACAGCAAAUUCCACCACUUAGGAGCCAGGACCAAACGAGGCAUGUGGGUAGCAGAGGCGAGGCCUUCUCCGUGGUGGCUCCCCAGCUGUGAAGAGCCCCCUGUCUUACAAGCUGCCUGCUGUAGCAGCAGCAAGGGGUGCGUCGUGUCCUGGGAGAGAGAAGAGUCUGACGAAGAGGGGGCCCGAAAACAAGAGCAGCACCCUUCCCGGGCUAGACAGACCAGAGCCAUUAAGGCUCCCAGAGGAGGCCACGGCCUGGGCAGCGAAGAGCGGGAGACCUCUCUUAGGAGUCGGAGGGCUGUCCAACGGGUGCCCGUGAAGGAGGAGGAGGAAGAGGAGGAAGAAGAGGAGGAGGAAGAAGAAGAGGAGGAGGAGGAGGAAGAGGACGAUGAGGAGGAGGAAGAGGAAGAAGAGGACUCUGCCCCUCUGCCGAAGGGGCAAGCCAAGCCAGAAAGGGCAGCUCUGCCGGAGAGGGGUUUGGCCCAGGCUUCAACCCCUACUGCUCCAGCGACUCAGCUAAAACAGGCACCAGUUGCUCCAGCGGCUCAGCUGAAACAGGCACCGGUUGCUCCAGCGGCUCAGCUAAAACAGGCACCGGUUGCUCCAGCGGCUCAGCUAAAACAGGUACCGGUUGCUCCAGCGGCUCAGCUGAAACAGGCACCGGUUGCUCCAGCAGCUCAGCUGAAACAGGCACCGGUUGCUCCAGCGACUCAGCUAAAACAGGCACCGGUUGUACCAGUGGCUCAGCUAAAACAGGCUCAGACCCCUGAGGCCCAGGGCUGUGAAAUGGCCGUGCUGCUCCUCCCCGUCUCCAAGAGUCCAAAGGAGAGGCAGCUCGAUCCCGUGGUGCCAGAAUGCAGGGAAGAGGAGCAGGCCGCGGUCGCCCAAGAUCGCCAGGAGGGGAAAGAGGGCCCCGGGGUGCCAGCAGAAAAGGAACCCAUCGAAGCCAUAAAACCGGAGGCCGCCUCCCAGCCGCCGGAAGUCCAAGAAGAGAGACCAGCAGAAGAAGUUGUGCAGGAGGAGGAGGAGCACGGGGUGGCCGAGAUCUGUGAAACACCACUGGAGGCAGCAGUGGCAGGCCUGGCAGAGCAGAGCACUUCUCCGCCGCAGCGCCACCUGGAGGUGGAGGAGCCCAUAAGGCUGGAAGACCAGGAGGAAGCGGCAGAGGCCCUGAGAACGCUGGAGGAGGCAGCGGCGGCGGCGGCAGCCCUGGUCCACGCAUCCCCCUCGCCCCCGCAGCUGAUGGAAGCACAACACUCCCAGCAAGACCACCCUGCGGAUGAGCCCCCUCCUCCUCUCUUGACCUUGGAAGCCCCGGCUGCAUCCAGCCCGGUGGAAGACGAAGCCCCUCCGCAGCUUUCCCGGCCGUCGCCCCCCUCUCAGGAACCCCCAGCUGCAGCCAGCUCCGGCAUCCCGGAGAGCCGGGCCGGCCACUCACCCUCUCCCUUGCCGCUCCCGCAGCCCCAUCACGAGAGGCUGGGAGGCGACAGCUCCUCCCGCUCCUCGUCUUCUUCUGCCUCCAGCUCCUCCCGAUCCCGCUCUCGCUCCCGAGGGAGUUCACAGCCCCGCUCCCGCACCAGAAGACCCCGCUCCGGCUCCUCCGAGUCGUCCCCGAGGAAACGCAGGGCCGUGAGAUCCCGGUCCCGCUCCGGCUCGGACCAACACACGAGCUCCGGCUCCAGGUCUCGGUCCCGUUCCAGCAGUGAGAGCAGCAGGAAGUCCCGCAGCCCCGAAGCUUCGAGGGACAGCGCCAGCUACCCUCCCACCAAAGAGUCCUCCCCGCCAGGGGAGUGCCCCCCAGCUCGCCAGGAUGUGUCGUCAAGUCCCAGGGAAGAGGGAAGGACAACUCCUUCCCUGCUUGCGGACCCUCAGAGACACCCCAGCCAUGUCCAGAAGCAGCAGCACGAAGCGGAGUCGGAGAGCACCGUCCCGGAGCGAGACCUAUCGGAGCCCCCCUUCCCUGUGGAGGCUCCGGGGCUAGACACCAGGGGUCCUGUCUCACUGCCACAGCAUCCACCUGAGCGGCAGCACAGCAGACGCGAGGCCCGGGGGGUGGCUUUGCCUUUGCGGCGGCCGCACCGGUUGGAUCCCCGCCUGCCCUCCCUCUUUAUGCCGGGGCUGGGGGAAGCGACGCAGCCCCUGCUGCUGGGGGUGGGGGGGGGGUGGCCGGGUCCCCCUCCCUCCCCCGUCCUCCCGGGGGCUGCUGGGAAGGCGGCGGCAAGAUGGCUCCGGCGCCCGCCCGCUCCUCCGGUGCUCCGCUGCUGCUGCUGCCGCCGCCGCCGCCUCUGCUGCGCCCGCCGCCGCCCCCCCUGCCCGGGCUCGCGUCGCUGCGGCGCCUGCUGGACUAGAGGCGGAGCCGGCCCGGCCAUGCUGCUUUCCGAGAGCAAGGCAGGCGAGGAGAAGCAAGAGGCACCCAUGGAGCAGUCGGAGCCCCGACCAGAGAACGAGGCCCCCGAGCCGGGCUCCGACGAUCACCCUUCUGCUGAGACCGGCGGCCCCGACGCGGUCCCCGAAGACGAGGAGAAGAAAGAGGGUUCAGCCCAGCCGAAAGCCUUCAAGAGAAAGAUUUCUGUUGUCUCGUCAACAGUGGCCAAGGGAACUCCCGCCACAAACAGCGAUGCAGAGGGGAGCCAGCUGGGAGGCCGGAAACGCCGCUGGGGGUCCAGCACAGCUGCCACGCAGAAGAAACCUUCCAUCAGCAUCACCACAGAGUCCCUCAAGAGCCUGAUCCCCGAGAUCAAGCCUCCGGCCGGGGGCCAAGAAGUGGUGGUAGACCUUCACGCCGACGACUCCCGCAUCUCGGAAGAUGAAGCCGAGAGGCACGCGGAGGAGCCGGCCCACGAGAAGGCCCUCAAGAUCUGCCGCACCGUGACCCAGGUGGUGCCAGCUGAGGGCCAGGAGAAUGGUCAAGGAGAGGAGGAGGAAGAGGAGGAGAAGGCCCGCGAGGAAGAGCUGCCAGAGGCCCCUCCUGCCGUUGCUGUGGAGGCGGUCCUGCCGCCGCCUGUCGAACAUGAAGUGAAGAAAGUCACACUAAGCGACACGCUGACCAGGAGGUCCAUCAGCCAACAGCGCUCGGGCGUCUCGAUCACCAUCGACGACCCUGUCCGCACGGCCCAGGUCCCCUCUCCUCCACGCGGUAAGGUCACCAACAUCGUCCACAUCUGCAACUUGGUGAGACCCUUCACUCUAGGGCAGCUGAAAGAGUUGCUAGGUCGGACAGGUACCUUGGUAGAGGAAGCCUUCUGGAUCGACAAAAUCAAAUCCCAUUGCUACGUCACGUACUCCACAGUGGACGAAGCCCUCGCGACACGCAAUGCCCUGCACGGCGUCAAGUGGCCACAGUCGAAUCCCAAGUUCUUAUCAGCUGACUUUGCGGAACAAGAUGAGCUGGACUUCCACCGGGGCCUGCUCCCCGAGCGUCCCGUAGAAGCCAAGGCAGACGAAUCGUUAGCCCUCCCGGGAGUCGGCCCUGCCACCCGAGGAGAGCGGGAGAUGUCCCGGCGCUCGGAAGCACGGGAGCGGGAGGCGGCCGUGCGGGAGCAGUGGGCCGAACGGGAGCGCGAGAUGGAGCGCCGGGAGCGGACGCGGGCGGAGAGGGAGUGGGACCGCGACAAGGUGCGGGAGGGCCCACGCUCCCGCUCCCGCUCCCGAGAGAGGCGCCGCAAGGAGCGGCCCAAGUCAAAGGAGAAGAAAGCGGAGAAGAAGGAAAAGGCCCAGGAGGAGCCUCCAGCUAAGCUGCUGGACGACCUUUUCCGCAAAACCAAGGCAGCUCCGUGCAUCUACUGGCUCCCCCUCACCGACACCCAGUACGUUCAGAAGCAGGCCGAGCGAGCGGCCAGGGCCCGGGAACGCGAGCGCCGGCGCAAGGAGCAGGAAGCGGAGGAGGCCCGCCAGCGAGAACGCAGCCGCCAGGCCGAGCGAGAGAAGAGGCGGGAACACAGCCGGGAACGGGAGCGGGAGCGGCCCAACGCGUCCGGAGGAGGAGGAGGAGGGGCAGGCCGGGGAGGCGAGCGCAGCGGCCGGGAGCGCGAGCGGCGGGAGACAAAGACCCGGCACAGCCGGAGCCGGAGUCGCAGCACGCCUGUACAGGACAGGGGGGGGCGCCGCUGAGAUAUUCCAACACCUUUCUGUUGACCCUUUCCCGGGGGGGAGGGUGGCAUCACUUCUCCCAAAUCUAGCCCUGGUGGGUGGCGGGGAGAGGGGCGGACAGGUUUGGGCCUUCCCCCUUUCCAGCAGCAGUGGAGGGGGGGUGGAGAAGAAGGGUGUUUGUGUGUGGAUGAGGCAGCUGUGGGGGCCCUUCUUCUUCCUAAGGCAACGUGUUUCGUCCCCCAGCCUCCUCCGCCCGCCCCCCGCCCCCAGCUCCUCUCUUCUCCCGGGGCCAGGUCCCUUCCCAUUGAUUUGUAUUUUAUUUUGGGAAAAAAUGGUUUUUUUUAUUGCGAUGAUACAGGAAAGAGAGCAUAAUAAAGAGAUGGCCUUAGUUUUA